CUUGGCCGAGCAAGAUGCAUGUUCAUUGGGUUAGUCCAUGAUCUAGGGGAAUCAGUGGUAGGAGACAUCCCAACAUUUGCUGGCAUCCCUAAAGGUAGGCGACACAUUCGCCAAUCGCCAUCCUGGAACCAACCAGUUAGAGCGCAAACAUAA